CAGGCACUGAGGGGGUUGGACUAUGCAAAGUUGGAGUUUGACUACUAAUAGUUUCUCUGCUGGUAACAUCACCCUGGCUUGGCAGUUGUGGGGUGGGGCUUGACAAAAUGUGUUCCACUUGAACGAACCGGUCCAGCAAGUUAUUUCUGGGCUGGUGUCACAGAGCCCCAGAUCGAUCGUACCUGCUGCACGAACGCUGCGUUUUUUGGCGACAGGAUCCCGACUGUUUGCUGCUUUUCUCACUUUCCGCCGCAAGUCCUCGGGCUCAGCCAUGAGGUCCUUCACCGCGUCCCACGUCUUUCUCGUCUCCUGUAUCGGCUUUAUUGGAUGUAAACCUUCGUCGCUGUGCCCGAGCGGACAGUUCUUUCUGAAGAACCAGUGCGUCCUGUGUCAUCCCACCUGCUCCGAGUGCGAUGGACACGAGCUGUUUGAAUGCACUACCUGUGGAGUUUACGAAGAUGGACAGGAACGUUUCCUCCACCAAGGUCGCUGUCGGACACACUGUCCCCGGGGACUCUAUCCUGACAGGGGUCACUAUGCCUGUCUGCCCUGCAUAGCCAAUUGUGAACUCUGCACAGAUGGCAACAUAUGUGCCAAAUGUCGGGAACACUACAAACUCCAGAAUGGGAUCUGCCAAACAGCACUGUGCAACACAGGGCAGGUCCAGGACCCUGAUACAGGAGAGUGCAUUGACUGUGAAGUGGGCUGCAAAACAUGUUCCACAGAAGACCCUGAGAUCUGCAACAGCUGUGUUGAAGGUUACUUUCUUUUCAGACACCAGUGUCGCAGACAUUGCCCCCAGAGCACCUAUGAGGACUGGGGCAGGGGCGUCUGUCUGUCCUGUGCAGCACCAUGUGAAGACUGCAGGAGUAACACACACUGCCUGGCCUGCCAGUCUGGUUACUUCCUCAAUGAGGGUGAAUGUAUUAAACAGUGUCCUCAGCAGACCUUCAGUGACUCCAGUGGGUGGCGCUGCCAGCCUUGUCAUAGCUCAUGCCAGUCGUGCCAUGGACCUCGUUCAACAGACUGUGACCUUUGUCUUGGAGGGAAUCUUGCUCUGCAUGGACAGUGCCCUCAGGUUAACUGCCCACUGGGACAGUACUUUGAUGGUAAGCAGGGUGAAUGUCACCCAUGCGAUGCAUCCUGUAAAACCUGUUUCGGCCCACAAGCACUGGAUUGUUCUUCUUGUUUCAAAGGACUUUUUCUGGACCAGGACAGUUCCUGUGUAGCUCAAUGCCCCUCUGGCUCCUAUGCAAACUCUGCCACUCAGCUGUGUGAGGACUGUUCGCCAAAUUGUGAAGCCUGCGUGGACACCAGUGACACCUGCAUCAGCUGCUCCAAAGGCAGCUAUAAACUUUUUCUCCACCAGGGGCGGUGUUGGUCAAACUGCCCAGAAGGUUUCUUUGAGACAGCAGAGGGGUCUUGUGAAGCCUGUGACAGCUCCUGUUUGACAUGUGACGAGGUCAAGUCCCAGUGUCUGUCCUGCGCUGAUGGACACUACUUGGAGAGUGGCAUGUGCAGACUGAACUGUUCCCUGCGGACAUACCCUGCAGAUGAUGGCACCUGCAGACGCUGUCCUGCCCACUGUGACGUUUGCUCAGAUGACAGGACCUGUUUCAAAUGCAGCUUCCUCUACUUGAUGCUGAAUGGUGUGUGUAGGGCCAGUUGUCCCCUGGGCUUCUAUGAGGACAUGGAGGAGGGCCGCUGUGGUCAGUGCCACCCGACCUGUGGCAGCUGCUCAGGUCCCCUGGCAGACGACUGUGAGACCUGCUCAACCUUCAGUCCCAAGCUCUAUAAAGGUGCAUGCACCAGGGACUGCCCUACUGGUACUUACUAUGAGACUGCAGCUACUGAGUGUCAAGAGUGCCACCAGACUUGCAUGAGCUGCAACGGCCCAGAUGCAAAGCAGUGUACACAAUGUGAAAAGGGAUUAGUGUUGGAUCCGAACACGUUGAUGUGUGGCGUGACUGGUGACACUGCCUGCCCACCACGCACGUACCUACACAAUGACCAAUUCACCUGCAUCACCUGCCACCGGAUGUGUUACUCUUGUGAGGGGCCGGGCCAUGAUGAAUGCCAGACCUGUGCUGUCCCCAAAUACCUCCACAACAGCACCUGUGUGAGUGAGUGUCCAGCGGGUGCAUAUGCCACCAGGCAGGAGGCUGAUGGAAAGGAGCUGGGAUUCUGUUUGCCGUGUGACCACAUCUGCUCCACCUGCAGCGGGGCAUCAAAUAGAGAUUGCCUGACCUGUUCUCCAGGAUAUUUGCGUCUUCUUCAGCUGUGUGUCACCCACUGUCCCACAGGGUAUUACAGAGAGGGUUCCCACUGUAAGAAAUGUGACCAGUCCUGUGAGCUGUGUACAGGACCAGGGCCUGAGUCCUGCAGGGCCUGUCCAGCUCCUCUUCUGGAGUUGCAGGGAACCAAGCUGUGUGUUGAGCGCUGCCCACACCACUUCUAUCAGCUUAAUGAUGUCUGCAAACAAUGCCACACUAGCUGUCAAACCUGCACAGAUGCCUCACCUCAAGGUUGCAUGACGUGUGAUUGGGGCAGCACCUUAAAGGACAAAGUCUGCUAUCCACGUUGUGAGGAGGGGCGAUACUUUUCAGAAAAGGAAACCUGUGAGCCUUGUGACCGCUCCUGUAGACAUUGUACCGGCCGCAGACCUGACCAGUGUCUGACUUGUCACCGAGAUUCUGCUCUUCACGCUGUGGAGAACCGCUGUGCUCGCUGCUGUCAGGCUGGAGGGAAUUCCACUAACUGCUGUGUUUGUGACAGCCGCUCAGCACUGUGUGUGGAGGCCCCUCGACCCAAGUCCGAUCAGGAAACGGACAUGAGCAUGUCCUCCAGAGCUCUGAAGCACACCUCACUCACCUUGCCCAUUGCCCUGCUGCUGGCAGUGGGGUUGGCUCUGGCUGUGUUCGUCUUGGUCAAGGCCCACGCCAGGAAGAGCCUUUGCUGGAACCAGAGCUAUGAGAGACUGAGCGGCAGCGCCAGCAUUCACAUGCCCCACGGUGUGCCUGAGCCAGACAGCGGAGAUGAGGUAGAUGUGGUGUACACCAGCAGAGGUGGCUCUGUAUAUCGACAUUACAGCUUCAUGCAUGAGCAGGACACAGAUGCAGACCAGGAUGCGGAUGAGAACACUUGUCUUAGUCAAUCAUAAGUGCAUCCAAAUCAGAAUAAAACUGUAACUAAGGAAUGUAUUGUUGAUGCUCAGUGUCAAUACUGAGAGGUGAGUUCAAAGUAGCCUAGAUAAUGAUAAGAAGAGGAUGUAGUGUCAAUUUUACUUUGGUAAGUCUCUUUAUGAGUUAAGUUGUUGUAUAUUUUAUUCUACAAAGUGCCUGUAUCUGUAUAAUGCACAUUCUUAGAUAAGUGAGUGAGUAAAGAAUGAAAAAAUACAUAUAUUUGUGUAAAUGUAUGUAUAUUCUUUUUUAAUUUGAAAUUAAAGAGGUAUUUGUGAAACAGUG